UGAUGAGAAGAACGGCGUUCCUCCACUGAAGGUACUACAACAACCGACGACCUCAGAAGCGGCGACGAAGCUACCUACUACUACCUACUCGAAAGCAGCACCUCAACAAACCACAGGAGCAGCAUCAUCAUCGGUCAGCAAGCCAGUUGACGUAUCCACGGUAAAAGCUCCCAAAGCCAAAAGUCCAGAUGUAGCGCAAACCAAAGGAACCGACGGUCAGCAACCGAGUCAGCUGAAAUGUUACGUUAAUCUAAAGAAGCAAACCGUUGUCGGAGCUGUCAAUGCCAUACCACCGGCCAGUCCGAGCCAGGCGAAGGAGAUUCCUAGGCUGAAGAUUGAACUGCCGCGACUGAAAUCGUCGAAGGUGGGCAGCAGUCCCUCGAGUAGCAGCAGUUCAUCGGCUGCUACGUCUCCUUCCUCGUCGGCUGCAUCCUCCUCGACCGGCAAGAGUCCGGUGUGGCCAAUGGCCAAGGAAGAGUACGCCAAAACAAUCGGCCUCAAGCCUGUCUAUGCCGCCGUUCCGGCACCGAUCGAAGAGGAAACGACGAAGCGUCGCAAAGAGCGCGAUGAACCGGAAGAGGGAAUCGAUGGUUUGGCUUCGUCGUCCCACCGGAAGCGCAAGAAGGGCAAACACUCGAAGGAGGCCGGUAAGCGGCGCAAGCUGCAUGCCGAAAUCUCCUCGCAGCAGGAUGCCAGCCUCAAGAUGAAGGUGAAGCUGACGGAGAAGCCACCGAAGCACGAGCGGCAAAGAUCGACGGGAAAUGAGGAGGACUCACCACCGGCCAUCAACACCGCCAGCAGCAGCAACAGCACCGUACCACCGCAAGUCAGUGCCGCACCCUCGAAGCCAAAGACUCCUCCAACGUUGCCACCGAUGGUGAGCGUUCCGGUGCCGCCGGUUGUGCCGGAAGUCGCGAAAGUGAUUGACAUCACCAAGGACGACGAUGACGUGAAGUUUGUGCAUGAACAGCAGCCACCGAAGCCCGGUGGCAUCGCUGCUGCCGUUUCCGCGAAGGACAAACUCAGCGAAAUGCGUGCGAUACGCCACAAACCGAUGGUUUACAUUCCCAAUCUGGAUCGUAGUCUCUCGGCCGACAGUGCCAGCGGGACGGCCUUCAAUUCGUUGAUCGAGAGCGUACAGGCGAAGGUGGGCAAUCGGCCGCUGGUAACAGCCGCCCCAGCACCACCAGUGACGACCGCACCGACGACUACCCAGCAGCAAGUGUCCUCGACCACGGCAACUCCGUCGAGUAUCGCGAGCGUCCCGAUGGUCCCGAAACCAACACCAGCCCUGAUAGCAGCUGCCGCUGGACUACCACCGGCCGGAUCCGGAGGGCCAUCGUCGUUGGUUGGUAAGUCACAACCGCGUACACCGAUCCUUUCGCCCCGGACCAUGCAGUCCUAUCCUCCGCUCGCUUAUCCGCUGACCAACACGACGACAGCGACCAGCGCACCCCCCGCCAUGACCGGUGUGUCCUCGGCUGGUAUACGGAGCAUGGCUACGCCGAUCAAGCGAUCGAUCAGCAAUGACUCCUCGAACGGAAGCACUGGUCUGCCUCAACCAAAGCUGGCACGUAUGGAACCACCAUCACUGGUGUCACCGCUCGUCGGUCCAACCGCCAAGAAGUCUACUCCCAUUCAGGCUCCGAUGUUUAACUUCGCUAAGGGAGCGAACCGGGCGAAAGCCGCCCAGCAAGCGGCUGGAUUGAUGAUCCAACAGCAGCAGCAACAGCAGCAGCAGCAGCAGUUGGCAGUCGAGCCACUGCCGUACCGGUCACCGAUCAGCUCGAGCUACACCAAGGAGCUCGGUUCGAAGAAACCGAUCCCGAAUCUUCUAAUUCCACCCUCCUCGAUCAGCGUCACGAAAAUGUCGGAUCUGGGUGCGUCAUCGGUCGGUAGCCAUGCGGCCGCCGCCAUGGUCGAUUGUCGGCCACCGGUGGAGAUUCUUCGAAUCCCGCAUACGGCGCCAGUUGCUGAUAAGCCAACGCUAUCACCGUUCACCACAGCGCCGGCCACACCGAAACCAUCGAGCGGUACGACACCAAAAACCACCCGGCCGCCACCGGCCACCAUUCCGUUGAUAAAGAUCAAGAAACCCGCUACUUCGGCUGGUGAGUCGGUGACGACUGGCGGUCCGCUUGGUGCCCCUCCCGGAAUGACUCCCCUCAAGGCGGGAAUGCUGCAUAAGUUGGCUGCAGUUCGUCCACAAUCGGAAUCGUCAAAGUCCGGCAGUACUAGUGGCGGUACCGGGAGUAACAACGUGCUGGACCUCUCCGGUAUGCGACAGCCGACAUUUUCCGACGAGGUCAUCAUCCUCGAUCACAGCCCGGUGAAGGCCGGUAGUUCGGUAGUUGAUCCUGGCACGAAAGCAGCUCGCCCGGACGGUAACCGAAAUCGGAAGUUUACCUCGGAUAUGAUGGGAUUCCCGGUUCCCGUCAGCACCACCACCACCACCACGAGCACGAUAUCCGGCAAAACGCUGGCACCGUUGCCGAAGCUGACGGAGAUUAACCGCAACCGGAACCUGGCCGUACGUCAACCGAACGCGUCGAUACGCAGCAUUCCCAACCCAUCGGCGCUCGCCUUUCGUGGGGCACAAUCCGCAACCAUGACGUCUGGUGGUGGUCCCGGUAGCGCUGCUGGAGGUAGCAGUAGUAUGGCAGUAUCCACCACCUCGUCCGCACCAAACCGACCGACGAACGGUAACGGCACGUCCGCUGGCGCUGCCACUGCCACGGUAACCGCUGCUCAUGCGCACAGCAACGGAAGCACCUUGAACGGUCACUCGAAGUCAGCGAAUGGUGUUGGUGGUGCUGGUGCUGCUGGUGCUGCUACUGGUACUGGUACUGGUAGCCCGGGCAGUAUCGCGACUACCAGAUCUCCUUCGCUGAACGGAAGCCACAAUAAUAACAACAUCAAGCAUGCCAACGCCAACACUUCGCCGGGCAGCCACCAGCAGCAGGCUACUAGCAACGGCAACAACGGUACCGCUGCUGGUGCUAGCAUGAAGAAGACCAUCGAAACGGUAGCAGCCGUCCUGAAGGCAGCAGCAGCUACGGCCGAUACUGGCAGUACCGGUGGUAGUAUUGCUGGUCCCGCUCGUAGUCCAACCGUGCCAACGACCACAACCGCACACAAUGGCAGCACUGGUGGCAGCAACGUGGCGACCACGGCGUCGGAGAUGCGAAAACCACUGUCUGGCAACACGGUCACCUCGACUACUGCAGCAGCAACGGUUACUACGAAUGGUGGAAGCGUCGUCAGAACGACCAGCGUCACCAGCGUUACCAGUGGCAGUGUGACGAGCUCCGUCAGCUCCACGAACACGCCCAAUACGGCAAGUAUCAUAAACGUUGGUUAAGGGAUUAUCUUAAAGGGAAAAAAUGGACAGAUGAGUCGAUGAAUGGGGCGUUGUAGCUGCCCGAUUUGAAGUUUUUCUAUAUCUUAUUCCGCCGCACAUUCUAUACUACAGUUACUUUGCUCGGUAAAACUACUCGGUAAAACUAGUUCUUAGUAUCCAAUCCAUCAUCCAACCAUUCAAUGAUCUUUUCGUUAAUCGUAAAUUCCUCAACAUACCGGUACCGCUGGUUACUGGCAAUACCGGUGCAGUAUCACCCAAGUUGUGCAAACCACAAUAAUCCCACUGCAUGAGAAAGGCUAUGUGUUUAGAAGUACGGAUGUUAGCAACUACAGCAAGAUAAGUUAUUUAUUUCCAAUCGUCCAGUUAAGGGAUAAGCGUGCAUUGUAUCAUAACGUGGAGGUGCACGUGUUGCAGUGAAUGAUUCAUUCAAAAUGAUUCUACAACCGCAACUGCAUCUGCAGCAUGAGAGGCAGAACCGCCUUUCGAGCAAAGCCAGUGAGUACAACUCACUCGCAAGGAGCAUAAGGCAAGAUCGUGCAGAAAGCAAGCAAAACACACGUGAAACAAUAUGAAGGUACUGUGCGCACUGUAGGGAGCGACAAGUAGGACAUUUAUUUUUAUGAUUUCUGUUUUCCUUUGAAUGCACGCCACGCUCUUGCGUCUGCUGCAGCCUGCUCCAGGGCUGCGGUACGUUGUGAAAACAGUGCACUUGCAGUUCACUUGCGGUUUGUAUGAGUUGCAUCGCAAACUCUUCUUCAAUUCGUAACAUCUCAAAAUAGCAGAGACAGAGUGCCGGUACUCUGUGUACUCUGGCUACGUUUUUAAGCAUCUGUAUCAACUCUGCAACUGAAUAAACACACAUAAACAUCUGCUUCCUCAUAUGGUAGGAAGCAGAAUAGAUGAAUGUACGUAGAUUUCUACUUGAGCAAUAGCACUGAAGGAGAUGCAAGCGGUACUUCCGCUGUUAAAAUUUGAAUAAACAAUCGGUAAAUCAAAACGUUUACACUCGCUAGCGGAUAACUGAUAUCUGACACAGCAGAAAAGAGGAUUACGAAGAGGCAACCGCGCAAGGCAUCAAAACCAAAAUGUCAUUCAUGAAAUUAAUAUAUUAAAAAUGAUUUCGGUACCGCGAUCGCGCACAUUAGUCUCGCCGGUGCACCAAAUGGGAGGACAAAUGCGAGACGACCACCCCGGGAUCACCCGGCCGUUGUUGACACCGCCAUGGGAGCCAUGAGCUCGCUGAGAACCGAAUGAGAAACGAAGAUCGAUUGAUAAUUGAAGUAAAUCGAAAAAUUAUUAACUUCUCCCCUGGGCGCUCGGUCCGGGGAUCCGCGUGAGUCGAGUCGAGUCCCUGGCGCUGGCUCGAAAGUCAUUUUUUAUUUAUUCAUCAAUUGGAUUUUAAUGCUCGAGAGGGGGGCGGGCCUGUCCCCAUGAUGCUGUGAAUGCUGCACGAUGCUGAUGAUGAGUUGUCUCGGAUUAUAGGAGAGAAGCCCGCAGUUAACUUUCUGUUCCACUCACGCAAACAUAGUUCCAUAUUGUUUCUUUGUUUUGAUAGCAUAAGUUUUGUGAGUUGAUUUGUUGUUUAGGAACUUAUCUUUGGUGGAUAAAUGGUAGACCAGGGCUCAGAGCAACAACUGUAAAUAGUUCUCCGUUUUUAAGAAUUGUUUUCGCUCUUAGAACAGUUGUAAAAAGUAAGUAAUUUUUACGUUCUUAAGUAUCCAACAUCUGCAAUCUAGUGUUAGUUUUGCGAAGCUAU